CAGGGAUCGGGACCGGCACCGGGGUUUGGACCGGCACCGGAACCGGGCACCCGCGGCCGAUUCGGCGGGAGCUGCCGAGGACGGAGAGCCGGUGUCCAGCCCCUCCUCGAGGGUAGGAGGUGAAAAUGGGCCGGAAAAAAAUCCAGAUCAGCCGGAUACUGGAUCAACGGAACCGGCAGGUGACCUUCACCAAGCGGAAAUUCGGGCUGAUGAAGAAGGCGUACGAGCUGAGUGUCCUCUGCGACUGUGAGAUCGCCCUCAUCAUCUUCAACAGCACCAACCGGCUCUUCCAGUACGCCAGCACCGACAUGGACCGGGUUCUGCUCAAGUACACCGAGUACAGCGAGCCCCACGAGAGCAGGACCAACUCUGACAUCCUCCAGACCCUCAAGCGCAAGGGGCUGGGGCUGGAGACCCCCGAGCUGGAGCUGGAGGACGGGACGGACCCCGGGGACAAGGGGCGGAGGCUGAGCGAGGGCUCGGACCUGGCGGGGCCCCGGCCCCGGUUCUACGCUCCUCCUCCCUCACCUCCCCUCCCCUCGUCCCCGCAGAACCCAGAGGCCACCGAAUGUCCCCUGGGCAGCCCCAGUGACUCCCCCCAAAGCCAAGGUCGCCCACCCACCUUCAAACCGGCAGCACCGAAGCCACCGGGACGCUCACCGGGACCUUUGCCCCCAGGUAUUGGCUACCCCCUCUUCCCUGCUGGCAACCUGACACGAGCCCUGGCCACCAAGACCCCCCCCACACUCUACCUGGGGGCUGAGGGACAGAGACCUGAAAGCCACAGUAGCCAAGCUGGUGGCCGGAGCAGUGGCAGCGUAGUGAGGCCGCUGUACCCCACUCUGCAGACCCUCAGCCCUGUGCUCACCCCGGGCAGCAGCCUCACCGGGUUCCCCUUCCUCACCCCCACCCAGGCAGAAUUUGGGGCUGGUGAGACCCCGGCCCCCUCGGGGUUCCUGCAGCCCGGCCCCCCCGCGUGGCAACACCCACGGGACGUGGCAGCACUGGGGGUCAACAGCCGGAUUGUCCCCCCCGAGGAGCCAACCCCGACCCCUGGCACGUCCCCCCAGCACCAGCCCAUCAGCAUCAAGUCAGAACGGGUCUCCCCAGGGCUGGGCACCCCCCAGCACCCUCCCACCCCCUUGGCCUCCCUAAGCGAAGUUUCUCGAGGCCCCGGAGACCUCCAGCAACGGGACGACUACGCCAAGGGGUACCCCUACCCCUCGGGGCCCCCCCGGCCCAUGGCAGAGGAGCAGAGGGUCCCUGCUCCCCCACGGCGAGCACAGCCUCUGGAUGUUUGGCAGAGAUAGCGGGGGAGGAAGGGGGGGGAACACGACUAGGGGAGCAUCCCCCCACUUCACCCCAUCCUCAGCCCCCCCCGGGA